AUGGAAAGUGUGUUCUGGGCAGUGUUAACAUCAGUUGUACUCAUUGCUUUCCUCGUGGUUGCGUCUUUGUUGUUUGCAAACUAUGGUGACUUGAAUACCUUGACUACAAUAAGUGUUAAACUCAAGGAAGAACUGGACUUCCCCGCUGUUACAAUUUGUCCAUUAUCUAAAUACAACUUCUCAAAGAUUCAGAACAAUACAUCACUACUAAGGUAUUUAUCAUUGGUGAGCAUAACAAGUACCCCAUCCUCUGGAAUCGAACUUAAUUUCAGUGACCCGGAAAAUGCCUUUUUACAUGAGGAUGAAAUAGACAGUUGGUUGGCUAGUGUCGGAUUUGAAGUGAACAAGACAUUUUUGUCUUGUAGUUACAGAGGACAAAUGAUGAAGUGCUUCGAUCUGAUUAGAGUAAAACAGACUGACAUGGGAUCUUGUUUUUUAUUUGACAACAGCUUUAUGUCCCCCACUUCUAAUCCCGGGAAAUCCCAUGGCUUAUCCCUCUUGCUGCACAUUGACCAAGACAAUUUCCUGCACACAGAAAGCAUGGCUGUUGGAAUGAGUGACGUGUAUUUAGCUGCCCCCUAUGUGGCUUUUACUGACGGUUACUGUGAUGACGUCACCAGUCCGAACUUUAAGUCCCCUUUAAAGUACCACGAUAUAUACAGCCAUCACGCCUGUGUCCGAGAGUGCAAGAGCAGAUUUAUAAUUAGUCAGUGUGAAUGUAGGGGCCACACGUAUCCAGGACUGGAGAAACUGUGUUCUUUUCACAAGAUACAUACUUGUGUUCAUGCACAAGAAGAUGUAUUUGAGCAAUUAAACUCACAAAGAGAUAUAUGCUCAUGUCCAAGACCGUGUAUUAGGACAUAUUUUGAAAAAGAAAUAUCGUUGGCAAGGCUUGGCAAAAGUUCUUCAGUAUUCAGAAGCAAUGGACAAAAUUUUAGCAGGGAAAAUUUAGCGCAGGUGUCUAUAUAUUACCGUUCAUUGAUCAGAGAGAGGAGAAAACAGGUACCGAAGAUGAAUUUACUCAGUCUUUUAGGCAAUCUUGGUGGCUACAUGGGUAUAUUCCUUGGAGCUAGUAUUCUAAGUUUAGUGGAGUUAGCUCAGGCCAUUCUACAGACAGUUAAACACACAAUCAAAACUAUAAGACUGAGAAAAAACAAAGAAGAGAACUCUAAAGAUGACGUUUAUGUUAUCAUGGAACAAAUAUAUCCUUAAAAUUUGCUGAAUACUGAAUUGUCUGUUUCACAAGAAGAAUUAUAUGAAAUGUUUUAGUUGUCUUUGAUGAAAUG